AUGGGAAUAGAGGAGCUGGAGCCCCCAACAGCACCGCUGACACCAGUGGACAUCGGGAAAGGAGGGAGGGAUUUGGGAGCUGGGACGAGCCUGAGCCUCCCGCUGCUGAAGGCAGUCACCGUCCACCGCUCAGAACCACCCAGUCCGAGCAGGAAGCUAUCGCCAGCUCUUCCAUCCAGAGCAGCUAACAAUUAUGCCUGUGGCCACUACACAGUGGGCGAGGAGAGUAUUGAUUUGGUGCUGGACCGUAUUCAGAAGCUCACAGAUGCUUGCUCUGGCUUGCAGGGCUUUCUGAUCUUCCAUAGUUUUGGGGCCGGCACUGGCUCCGACUUCACUUCUUUGCUGAUGGAACGUCUCUCCCUUGAUUACGGCAAGAAGUCUAAGCUGGAGUUUGCUAUCUACCCGGCUCCUCAGGUCUCCACGGUGGUGGUGGAGCCCUACUCCAUCCUGACCACCCACACCACCCUGGAGCACUGAUGUGCUUUCAUGGUGGACAAUGAGGCCAUCUACGACAUCUGCCGCAGGAACCUGGACAUUGAACGGCCCACCUACACCAACCUCAACCGGCUCAUCAGCCAGAUCGUCUCCUCCAUCACAGCCUCGCUCCGGUUCGACGGGGCCCUCAAUGUGGACCUCACCGAGUUCCAAACCAAUCUGGUGCCCUACCCCCGCAUCCACUUCCUGCUGGUCACCUAUGCGCCCAUCAUCUCGGCUAAGAAAGCCUACCACGAACAGCUUUCCGUGGCUGAAAUCACCAACUCCUGCUUUGAGCCCAACAGCAAGAUGGUGGAGCGCGACCCAGGCACGGAAAGUGCAUGGCCUGCUGCAUGCUCACCAGGUGACGUGAGCAUCGCCAUCGCUGUCAUCAAGUGCAUGGCCUGCUGCAUGCUCACGGGGCGAUGUGGUGCCCAAGGAUGCGAACGUCACCAUCGCUGCCAUCAAGACCAAGAGGACCAUCCAGUUUGUCACCUGGUGUCCCACAGGCUUCAAGGUGGGAAUCAACUACCAGCCACCCACGAUGGUGCCAGGAGGGAACCUAGCCAGUGCCAGGAGGGGACCUAGCCAGAGUCCAGAGGGCUGUGCACACUAAGCACCACCACCGCCAUCGCAGGAACCUGGGCCCGCAAGUUUGAAGCCGGCUUUUGUGCACUGGUAUGUGGGAGAGGGAAUGGACGAAGGAGAGUUUCCUGAGGCUAGAGAAGAAGGACAAGAAGAAGUGGGGACUGAUUCAAAAAUGAAGGGAGGAAUUUUAAAUAAACUUGACCCUUGACUGUGUCUCU